GCCAGAGCCAGGGUGAACGGGCUAAUGUCAAUUUUCAUUGUAUAUCUAUAAAAAUUUAGUAUGUAUGCUGCAUUUAAGUUUCUAAAAUGAAAAAUAUGGAUACUAUGGAAGAAGAACAAUGUUUACAUCAAUGUGAAAACUAUAUCCAGAGCCAUAAUAUACAAAUAUUACUCAAAAACUGUAUAGUACAACUUUGUCUAAAUAGACCCGAUGAUCCAGUGACAUUUUUGCGACAAUAUUUUCAAAAAUUAGAAAGAGAACAGGUAAAGGCUGCAGCAGCUGCUGCUGCAACAUCUGAGGGUGAAGCAGAUGGAGAACUGUCACCACUUCCGGUACUGGGCGGCCAGCUGCCUCGGAGACGCGGUGGUAUAAGUGCCGAGCCAGUCACUGAAGAAGAUGCUACAAGCUAUGUGAAAAAGGUUGUGCCAAAGGAUUACAAGACUAUGGGGGCACUGUCAAGAGCUAUUGCCUCCAAUGUACUGUUUACACAUUUGGAUGAGUCUGAGAGGGCCGAUAUGUUUGAUGCCAUGUUUCCCGUGCAAUGUCUUGUGGGUGAAACAGUGAUACAACAAGGAGAUGAGGGAGAUAAUUUUUACAUUAUUGAUUCAGGUGAAGUUGAGGUAUUAGUUAAUGGUGAAGUGGUAACAACAAUAGGAGAGGGUGGAAGUUUUGGAGAACUAGCUCUUAUAUACGGAACACCGAGAGCCGCGACUGUGCGUGCGAGAACUCCGCUCAAACUAUGGGGUCUCGAUCGAGACUCCUACAGAAGAAUAUUAAUGGGUUCGACUAUAAGAAAACGGCGCAUGUAUGAUGAAUUCUUAUCUAGGGUUUCUAUACUUGAGAGUUUGGAGAAAUGGGAACGAUUGACAGUAGCAGAUGCACUCGAGCCGGUGUCAUUCAACGACGGCGAAACUAUUGUGCGCCAAGGCGAGCCUGGAAACGAUUUCUACAUUAUUGUUGAAGGUACAGCGGUGGUGCUGCAGCAGCGCGGCGGCGAGGCGGAGGGCGCGGCGGUGGAGGUGGGCCGGCUCGGGCCGUCGGACUACUUCGGCGAGAUCGCGCUGCUGCUGGACCGGCCGCGCGCCGCCACCGUGCGCGCCGCCGGCCCGCUCAAGUGCGUCAAGCUCGACCGCGCCAGGUUUGAACGGGUUCUUGGACUAUGCGCAGACAUCUUAAAACGCAACAUUGCCCAAUACAACAGUUUUGUUUCCCUUUCUGUAUAAAACUUUACAUAUUAAUAGUAAUUAUGAAAAAAAAAUUAUUUAAUUUAAGGCGGUCGCGGUGUUAAAUGAGUUUUACAAAAA